AAGGACCAAAAAGGUACGCACAGGACAGGUGCUGUUUCUCAUCUGAGAAACAGGCUGAGUUGAGAAACAGCGUCUGUCUUGUGCGUACCUUCUUCGUCCUUCGUCUAAUUGCUAGCGCUGCGAAAAAGUACAUCAUGAACCCUUACCAACUCGCUCAGCUUCCUAUCGUAAUGCGUUUGGAGCUCUGUGCGCUCACCACCCGCGCUUAAAAGCAGCAGGCAAAUGUGCUGUCUCAUGCGCCGAUUCUGGUAAGGCAGCAGAAUAUGAAGGUCGCCUUAAUCGCCCUCACACUGGUUGUAUUUGUGAUUAUAGUCACGGAAGUGGAGCUCGCAAAAGCAAGAAGCACACAGAAUGCGGCUGGGAACAGAGGACGUGGCAGCCUUUCGGGAAGGCCCCCAAGAUGCAACUCAACAAGGGAUAAACGGCCGCCUAAUGCAGCACGGAGACCGAAUGGACCAAGACAUGUUGUCGGAAAACCUGGGUCACGCAAUACACGUAGGACACAGAAACCCACCGGAAACAGGAAACCCAAGAAACGGAAGCCAGCACGCCCACAAGGCACUGCGGCCAAGCCUGCACAACAUGCCGGACCAAAGCACGAGGGCAGUGGAAGCAGUCACUCAACGACGACCGGAAACGAGCAGAAUGGAACGGAAGCUGCGGGUCAUGGAACAAUGGGAGGAGGAAUGAUGGGAGGAGGAAUGAUGUACGGCGGCAUGGGUGGCAUGGGCAUGGGCAUGGGCGGCAUGGGCAUGGGUUAUAUGGGAGGUGGCGACUACGGGAUGGGCAUGGGAGGCAUGGGAAUGGGUAUGGGAAUGGGUAUGGGAAUGGGUAUGAUGGGAGGCAAAGCUGGAAUGGUUGGAAUGAUGGCAAACCAAAUAACCAAAUCGGUUGGUGAAGCAGCGGUAGGUGUGACGAGGGAGGCUGUCUCUGCGAAGGCUAACUCGGAUCCUGGUCUCGAGGAUGCGCCUGGAGGCGAGACCCCGGGUGAAGGUGACAAGGAGGGUGGCGGAGAAGAAGAAGAAAAGGAUUCUAAAGAUAAGAAAGAAUCCACCGACAAAGGUAAUUCUGGUGAUAAAAAUACCGAAGGUGGAAAGGACGCAGGUAAUUCAGGAGAAAAGCCAAAGAAAGAAGAGAAAGCAGAGAAAGAAAAAGCCAAGGCAGAUAAAAAACCAGCCGCUUGAGAAGCAAGCAUCAGAAAGACGCUGGUUUCGUGCUUUUUUCUGCGGUUAUGAAGACGUUACGUCGUGCGUUUCCGCAGAAUAACUGUGAACACCCCUGGAAUAGAGCAGUAGUAUAUGUUGCCGAAAUAAAUGCGCUUUUUGGUGUG